GGAGUUGUGACAAGAAGACCGGACGUAUUUUUAAGUGAAUUGAAUAAAAUCAUGACAAAGGAUAAAUAUGGUGUAUUGGUGAAAAAUGCUGAUAAAGGCAAUAGCGGAAUUUCACGCUUGGCUACUACAAGUCCGCCAUUGAAGCCACCACCACCAAAGGAACCCAUCAUUCAGCCAAAACACGUUAAUCAUUCGGCUGCUGUUGUUUAUAAAUGGCCUUCAUAUAUUUCAGAGUCUGAUCUUACAGAGAUCGACUUGCAAGAAUCUGAAAUAACAAGAGGUCAGAAAGAGAAGGAAAACAAUGAAAAUACCAGUGUUAAUCUAAAAACUAAGGUUAAAACGUGGCUGUGUUGUUCUGUUAAUGAUACUAAAUGAUCUAUAUUGGUCUAGUACAUAGCUGAGUAAAUGUACUUUUUUAAUGAAAAAAUCAGGGUUCAAAAUUAUCAUUGAUAACAAACACUGUAAUAAAUUUUCUAAAAGAUUUGUUUCUGGUUUGACGGUAUUAAGUUUCUAUAUUCUACAACAAGUAUAAAGAAAGAAAAAUGAACUGCCUUCAGAUUCUGCUUACUGUAAUAAUAACUCUUUAUUGCACAAAGAAAAGAUACAUGAA